AUGGAUCUAUUGACCAACAUUUGUUUUUGUACAGAGUGGUACUGGGAGUGUGUGCUGCGACAGUGGUGCUACCGACUGUUGUCUCUACUGCUGUCUCUGCUCUCUGUGGCUGUGGUGUGGUCCGAAUGCACCUUCUUCAGCACACAGCCUGUCCUCUCUCUCUUCGCCGUCUUCAUCCAGUUAGCAGAGAAGGACUACAACUACUUGUACAUAGAGGUAGCUAUUACCUUUGGGUUUCUGUGUGUAUAGUUAGCCUUGGUGCCAGAAUGCAGCACAAACUGAUCCGGGACCAGGCUAGUUUAUUGUCAUGUUUUCCUGAAAAACGUCUUAUCUGCGACAAUAAAGUAACUAAUACUACUACGUGUUGAGGAUAGCAUGGUUGCAAACACAGUUUGGAUAAAUGACACACAUGAACAUGUAUAAGUAUGACAGGAAAUAUGGAGAAACGUGCCAAAUGAUUGCUGUGAUGUUCUGUCCACCACCAGAUGGCGUGCUUCGUCACUAUUUUCUUCCUGUGUGUUUGUGUCUACUCCACCGUGUUCCGCAUCCGAGUCUUCAACUAUUACAACCUGGUACCUCACCAUCAGACAGACGCCUACAGCCUACAGUUCAGCGGAAUGUACGUCUCUCACCGCUCAAAUAUACCACGUGCUGUGAAGGUGUGUCUAUGGUGUCCAUUUUAGGACAGCCUCAAAAAAAAGUAUUGCUGAAAGAAGUUGAGACUGUGGCUGUCCUAAUAAUAUGGACACCGUAGAUGUCACUGUUUGAGCUUGGUUCUAGAGCUUUAGAACUCUAGAACAUUUCAGUCUACAUGUUUGUCUGAGUAUCACUUUGGGUAUUGUGUGCAUACCUUUAAAAACGCAGGUUGUUCUGUCGACUGACUCCUCCGCUGUGUCUCAACUUCCUGGGUCUCAUCCACAUGGACGCCUCCAUUUCUCACCAGGAGAGAAUAGAGACGGCAUACACCUCAGUAAGUCAGACUCGGUGUGCAUCCCAAAUGGCACCCUAUUCAAUAUAUACUGCCCUACAAAGGCAAAACGCCAACAGUGAAAAUUACAAUAUAUACAGUACCAAUACACCUACUCAUUCAAGGUUUUUCUUUAUUUUUACUAUUUUCUACAUUGUAGAAUAAUAGUGAAGACAUCAAAACUAUGAAAUAACACAUGGAAUCAUGUAGUAACCAAAAAGGUGUUAAACAAAUCAAAAUAUAUUUUAUAUUUGAGAUUCUUCAAAGUAGCCACCCUUUGCCUUGAUGACAGCAUUGCGCACUCUUGGCAUUCUCUCAACCAGCUUCAUGAGGUAGUCACCUGGCAUGCAUUUCAAUUAACAGGUGUGCCUUGUUAAAAGUUAAUUUGUGGAAUUUAUUUCCUUAAUGCGUUUGAGCCAAUCAGUUGUGUUGUGACAAGGUAGGGGGGGUAUACAGAAGAUAGUCCUAUUUGGUAAAAGACCAAGUCCAUAUUAUGGCAAGAACAUCUUAAAUAAGCAAAGAGAAACGACAGUCCAUCAUUACUUUAAGACAUGAAGGUCCAGUCAAUCUGGAACAUUUCAACAACUUUGAAAGUUUCUUCAAGUGCAGUUGCAAAAACCAUCAAGCACUAUGAUGAAACUGGCUCUCAUGAGGACCGCCACAGGAAAGGAAGACCCAGAGUUACCUCUGCUGCAGAGGAUAAGUUCAUUAGAGUUAACUGCACCUCAGAUUGCAGCCCAAAAUUAAUGUUUCACAGAGUUCAAGUAACAGACACAUCUCAACAUCAACUGUUCAGAGGAGACUGCAUGAAUCAGGCCUUCAUGGUCAAAUUGCUGCAAAGAAACCACUACUAAAGGACACCAAUAAGAAGAAGGGACUUGCUUGGGCCAAGAAACACGAGCAAUGGACAUUAGACCGGGUGGAAAUCUGACUCCACUUUGUCACAAGAUAAAACAGAUACUGCAAAGCCUGAUUUCAGUCUUAACUCAAUUUUGACCAAAAGUUGUAGUUCUGUAUUUUGCCUUUGUAGGGCAGUAUAGACUCCACAGUGGAGAUGUCAUAAUACCCAUAACACCUAGCGGUCAAACAGGGAAAUGGUUCCAAUCGUUUUUCCACUAUUCAUUUUUCCCAUAGGGGAUUUUAGAAACACUUAAAAAUAAGGGGUGUGUUUCGUGUAGGCUUACCCUGGUGUGACGUUUUGAUAACCAUGUAAAUCUCUCUCGGACAAGGUGACUUUUAUCAAUAUAUUCGGCUCUAUUUACUCACAGAUAUGAAAAUGCUAAUUAGCAUCAAAGUAGACAUCAUGCAAGACUACAAAUCCCUGCAAGCUCCUGCACGUCAUCUCUAGCUGGCACCUUUGCUAAGAGGUACAUUUAAAUAAAUGUAGCCAAUUUAUUCAUUACUACGUUAAUCUAGCAUUAGAUAGUUAAUCCAUAGAUUCUUACCUUUGCCUCGAUUCGGCAGUCUCGUCCAGAUCAUCAUGGCAUUUGUAGUUCUCUAUGAUAGCCACAUUAGCAGCUAAUUAGCGUUUCAUUUGUUGGGGGUAAAUACAGGCGAAUAAAUUGAUAAAAGUCACCUUGUCCAAGAGAGAGUUACACAGUUAUCAAAACAUGAUGCCAGGGUAAGCCUACACGAAACACAGCCCUUAUUUUAAGUGUUUCUAAAAUCCUGAAUGGGAUAAAUGAAUGGUGUAAAGAAUGAUUGAAUUUGACUCAUGCUGUGGUACUCUGUAGUGCACUACUUUUGACCAGAGCCCUAUGCACAUAUAGGGAAUACAGUGCCUUUUGGGACGAAGCCUCGGUCACACGGGCUCUCUCAUUGUAAAGGACAACGAGUUGCUUCAUGACGUCUAUGUAGAGGAUUUAAAGUCUGGCCGUGAAGAACCCACUUGGCAUGCUACUGAAUAAUGAACAUCACCCUACGGUGGCGCAGUGGUCUAAGGCUCUGCAUCGCAGUGUAACUGUGCCACUAGAUCCGGGUUCGAAUCCAGGCCUGUCGCAGCCGGCCGCGACCGGGAGAUUCAUGGGCGGGCACAAUUGGCCCAGCGUCGUCCAGGGUAGGGGAGGGAAUGCCGGCAGGAUGUAGCUCAGUUGAUAGAGCAUGGCGUUUGCAACGCCGGGGUUUUGUGGGUUCGAUUCCCACGGGGGGCCAGUAUAAAAAAAAAAAAUAUGUAUUCACUAACUGUAAGUCGCUCUGGAUAAGAGCGUCUGCUAAAUGACUAAAAAUGUAAAUGUAAAAAAUUUAUUUCAUCAGCUAGACUUUCUAGGUAUCAGAACCACAAUUUUUCUCAACUCCAUCUUUCUUGUGUCUACCAGAUCAUGGGCUCUAUGCGUCUUCUCUCCUUCAUAGCAGAUGGUUUCUACAUCUAUUACCCCAUGCUCAUAGUCCUCCUCUGCAUCGCCACCUACUACAGGUAAGUCUUGUCUGCAGGUCCAUUUGACAUCCUCUCCAGGGGAUUCCCAUCAUAAGACAACAGGGUCUGUAUUGACACGUGUCUCAUAGUAGGAGGUGGUGACCUAGGAUCAGUUUAGAAGUUAUAUUCUUCAACAAUCAAUGGCUAUAUUCAUUUAAAAGUCCAGAAAUGGAACCCCAGCUGCCCCUCUAACUAACGCGUGUUUUCCUUCCUUCCUCCCCUCUCCUUGUGUUUUCAGCCUGGGUACCCGCUGUCUCAACCUCCUGGGGUUCCCACAGUAUAUGAGUCAGAGCGAUGACUUGACCUCUGACCUGGUGGAAGAGGGCAGAGAGCUUAUCAAAAGAGGUACUAUUGUCGGGUGAAGUUGCCCCUAGACUCUGAUCCUGGAUCAGUUUUGCAUUGGUUUAUGGUUACUAUUGGGGGAGGGGCAGCUGAUUCUAGAUCUGUACCUAGGGGAAACUUCACCCCAGAGCAACAGUUGUACACUCAGCCUGGAUGCCAUUUUGGAAGCUCUUCUUUUGGAGUCCAAUGUGGAUGAGAUGAAGUUGGGGACAAUAUUGCCACUAACUUUGCUUCUUGUUGUUGUUGUAGAAAGAAGAAAACGACAGAGAAGCCAGGAUGGGGAGAGUCGGAAACAAGUGAGCACGGUCCUUUCUUAUUUUGAGAGUUCUCUGAACACUGGAGAAGACCACAAUAUCAAUGUUCACACUGGUAUUAACACCACCGCAUGACCAGACUCUGAACCACCAGCCAGCUCAUUGGGUUCACUGUCUGUGUAAAAUGCUCCAGCAUGAAGUUUCCCUUAAGUUAACCCUAUACCAUGUAAAAUAACUGUUCUUCAGGGAUGGAGAGAGCGCUAUGGAGAACACCGAAAUGUGGGGAGGAACAGAAAUGGUUAUUCCGAGUUAAAGGACAAUGACUCUCCCACAGACAACAGUGACAGUGAGUAUGAAGUUUACUCCAUGGAACACCGUAGGAAAGACUGGGAGUGAGUAUGGAGGAACACCGUAGGAAAGACUGGGAGUAGACGAGAGCUUCUCUACACUUAGUGUCCCCUCAAUACUCUCUAUAUCUCCAUCAUACUACUGUAGAAUUAUGCCACACAAUGUUCAAGAUUCUCUGUAACACUGGUCACAUUCCCAAAUGGUACCCUAUUCCCUUUAUAGGGCUCUGGUCAAAAGUAGUGCACUACUGUAUAUGCAGUGCAUUCAGAAAGUAUUCAGACCCCUUCACUUUUUUCCACAUUUUGUUACGUUACAGCCUUAUUCAAAAUUGAUUGAGCAAAUAAAAAUCCUCAGCAAUCUACACACAAUAGCACAUAAUGACAAAGUGAAAAACAGGUUUUUAGACAUUUUUGCAAAAAACAGAAAUACCUUAUUUACAUAAGUAUUCAGACCCUUUGCUAUGAGACUCGAAAUUGAGCUCAGGUGCAUACUGUUUCCAUUAAUUAUCCUUGAGAUGUUUCUACAACUUCAUUGGAGUCCACCUGUGGUAAAUUCAAUUGAUUGGACAUGAUUUGGAAAGGCACACACCUGUCUAUAUAAGGUCCCGCAGUUGACAUUGCAUGUCAGAGCAAAAACCAAGCCAUGAGGUCGAAGGAAUUGUCCGUAGAGCUCCGAGACAGGAUUGUGUCGAGGCCCCCACAGAUCUGGGGAAGGGUACCAAAAUAUUUCUGCACCAAGAACACAGUGGCCUCCAUCAUUCUUAAAUGGAAGCAGUUUGGAACCACCAAGACUCUUCCUAGAGCUGGCCGCCCGGCCUAACUGAGCAAUCGGGGGAGAAGGGCCUUGGUCAGGGAGGUGACCAACAACCCGAUGGUCACUCUGACAGAGCUCUAGAGUUCCUCUGUGGAGAUGGAAGAACCUUCCAGAAGGACAACUAUCUCUGCAGCACUCCACCAAUCAGGCCUUUAUGGUAGAGUGGCCAGACGGAAGUCAGUCCUCAGUAAAAGGCACAUGACAGCCCGCUUGGAGUUUGCCAAAACGCACCUAAAGACUCUCAGACCAUGAGAAACAAGAUUGAACUCUUUGGCCUGAAUGCCAAGCGUCACGUCCGGAGGAAACCUGGCACCAUCCCUACCGGUGAAGCAUGGUGGUGGCAGCAUCAUGCGGUGGGGAUGUUUUUCAGCAGCAGGGACUGGGAGACUAGUCAGGAUUGAGGCAAAGUACAGAGAGAUCCUUGAUGAAAACCUGCUCCAGAGUGCUCAAGAUCUCAGAUUGGGGUGACGGUUCAACCUUCCAACAGGACAACGACCCUAAGCACACAGCCAAGACAAUGCAGGAGUGGCUUCGGGACAAGUCUCUGAAUGUCCUUGAGUGGUCCAGCCAGAGCCCGGUCUUGAACCCGAUCGAACAUCUCUGAAGAGACCUGAAAAUAGCUGUGCAGCAACGCUCCCCAUCCAACACUUUUUUUUUUUUGUCAUUCUGGGGUAUUUUGUGUAGAUUGAUGAGGGAAAAAAAACAAUUUCAUCAAUUUUAAAAGAAGGCUGUAACCUAACAAAAUGUAGAAAAAGUCAAGGGGUCUGAAUACUUUCCGAAGGCACUGUAUGUAAUAGGGUUCCAUUUGGGAUGCAGUCGCUGUCUUUACUUAAUUAAAACCAACUGAUAUAAUGCUUUGUUCGUCUGCUUGUUGUACAACAUGUCUUAUUCCAUUGGGUUUUUAUGAUGAUCAUUUUCAACAGACUUAAAAUAUUUCAUGCUUAUGGCCUAAUGCAUUAUAGCCGUCAAUCAAAUGUUACCAGAUCCUCAUCACAGCUGUGUCCCAAAUGGCACACUGUUCCCUAUAUAGUGCACUACAUUCGACCUGAGCCCUAUUGGCCCUAGUCAAAAGUAGUGCACUACAUUGGGAAUAGGUUGCCAUUUGGGACAUUACCUAAAUGUGUGUUCUCUUCAGCUGCCCAGUUGACCUGGAGAGAGAGCGGAGAUCACACUGGGCUACUUCAGGAUAUGGACCCUAGUAUGGACACCGCCAGCCUAGAUCCUAGUGAUUCUCCAACCCAGAGGUACUAAGCCCCAGUCAUUCUCCAACCCAGAGGUACUAAGCCCCAGUCAUUCUCCAACCCAGAGGUACUAAGCCCCAGUCAUUCUCCAACCCAGAGAUACUAAGCCCCAGUCAUUCUCCAACCCAGAUGUACUAAGCCCCAGUCAUUCUCCAACCCAGAGGUACUAAGCCCCAGUCAUUCUCCAACCCAGAGGUACUAAGCCCCAGUCAUUCUCCAACCCAGAGGUACUAAGCCCCAGUCAUUCUCCAACCCAGAGGUACUAAGCCCCAGUCAUGAUUUGAAAUAGUAUUAGGGUUAGAUUUAAUCGGUGUCGCGGAAGAUCCCCGUUAUAGCGUGAUAGAUUUUUAAAGGUGAUUUCCGAAUGAGCCGACAUAUGCAGCGUUUACCUUGAAUGCAGUCUCCGCAAACGCGCAAACAUAGCCUUUAAAUUUUAAUCGCACUAUAGAGCGGAUCUUCCGCGAUUUGGAUUGAAUCUAGCUAAAUGCUAAUACUAAAUACUAGCCUGGUCCCAGAUCUGUUUGGGCUUUUGCCUUCCGUUUUCAUUGUCAAGCCAUGAAAACUCCAUAAAGAGUUGGAAAGAGAGCAGAAACAGACUGGCACCCAGGCUAGUGGAUUACCAGACUGCACCCAGGGUUAGUGGGAUUACAGGACUGGCACCCAGUUAGUGGAUUACAGACUGGCACCCAGGUUAGUGGAUUACAGACUGGCACCCAGGUUAGUGGAUUACAGACUGGCACCCAGGUUAGUGGAUUACAGACUGGCACCCAGGUUAGUGGAUUACAGACUGGCACCCAGGUUAGUGGAUUACAGACUGGCACCCAGGUUAGUGGAUUACAGACUGGCACCCAGGUUAGUGGAUUACAGACUGGCACCCAGGCUAGUGGAUUACAGACUGGCACCCAGGCUAGUGGAUUACAGACUGGCACCCAGGUUAGUGGAUUACAGACUGGCACCCAGGCUAGUGGAUUACAGACUGGCACCCAGGCUAGUGGAUUACAGACUGGCACCCAGGCUAGUGUGAUUACAGACUGGCACCCAGGCUAGUGGAUGACAGACUGGCACCCAGGUAGUGGAUUACAGACUGGCACCCAGGUUAGUGGAUUACAGACUGGCACCCAGGUUAGUGGAUUACAGACUGGCACCCAGGUUAGUGGAUUACAGACUGGCACCCAGGCUAGUGGAUUACAGACUGGCACCCAGGUUAGUGGAUUACAGACUGGCACCCAGGUUAGUGGAUUACAGACUGGCACCCAGGCUAGUGGAUUACAGACUGGCACCCAGGCUAGUGGAUUACAGACUGGCACCCAGGUUAGUGGAUUACAGACUGGCACCCAGGUUAGUGGAUUACAGACUGGCACCCAGGUUAGUGGAUUACAGACUGGCACCCAGGUUAGUGGAUUACAGACUGGCACCCAGGCUAGUGGAUUACAGACUGGCACCCAGGUUAGUGGAUUACAGACUGGCACCCAGGUUAGUGGAUUACAGACUGGCACCCAGGUUAGUGGAUUACAGACUGGCACCCAGGUUAGUGGAUUACAGACUGGCACCCAGGUUAGUGGAUUACAGACUGGCACCCAGGUUAGUGGAUUACAGACUGGCACCCAGGCUAGUGGAUUACAGACUGGCACCCAGGUUAGUGGAUUACAGUCUGGCACCCAGGCUAGUGGAUUACAGACUGGCACCCAGGCUAGUGGAUUACAGACUGGCACCCAGGUUAGUGGAUUACAGACUGGCACCCAGGCUAGUGGAUUACAGACUGGCACCCAGGUUAGUGGAUUACAGACUGGCACCCAGGUUAGUGGAUUACAGACUGGCACCCAGGUUAGUGGAUUACAGACUGGCACCCAGGCUAGUGGAUUACAGACUGGCACCCAGGCUAGUGGAUUACAGACUGGCACCCAGGCUAGUGGAUUACAGACUGGCACCCAGGCUAGUGGAUUACAGACUGGCACCCAGGCUAGUGGAUUACAGACUGGCACCCAGGCUAGUGGAUUACAGACUGGCACCCAGGUUAGUGGAUUACAGACUGGCACCCAGGUUAGUGGAUUACAGACUGGCACCCAGGUUAGUGGAUUACAGACUGGCACCCAGGUUAGUGGAUUACAGACUGGCACCCAGGUUAGUGGAUUACAGACUGGCACCCAGGCUAGUGGAUUACAGACUGGCACCCAGGCUAGUGGAUUACAGUACAUGGUGGGAAAACAUAAUGUUUUAUUAUAAUAUCAGUAGAAGAGAAGAAGAGAAAGGGAAAUGAUUGAUCUGAUAUUAUUUAUCCUUGGUCUGUCCCUCUCUAGGUAUGCAGGAGGACGUUACCUCUCCCUGGCGUCCUCAAGGACUUACAUUUUCGACGAUGUCUGAGAGGAGCCCCGGCUCAGAGGCUGUGGGACUAAACUGACCUUACCUCAUUGCCCACACGGCUGCUAGUUUCAUGGAUAUUUUCUUCUUCUCUUUUCUCAUUUAGCCUGUUUGUCUUUGGAGAUAGAUAUAGGCCUAUUGUCAUUUUAUUUAUUUCAUAAUGGAGAUUGCAGGGAUUUACAUUUGAAGGAUUGAUCCAUCUGGCUAGGGUUUUUUUCCUCAUUAUGGACUUGUUUUUAGUAUUAGAUCUUGGGCUGUUCUAAAUAAAGGUCAUUUUGACAAAUAUCCGUCUGGGCUAGUUUGUUGUUUUUUCCCUUCAUUAAUGGGACUUGUUUUUAGUAUUAGAUAAUCUGGGCCUGUAUUCAUAAAGCGUC